UCAGGGCCUCUUUCCAUCUCCUGCAUCUGAAGACUCCAAUCAGAACCUUGUAACCGUAACCAAGUGAGGUCACAAAGCUCCGGAAGGAGUACGCUCAGACCUGAGGCCAUUGUGAGCGUCUUGGCAGGAGCCGGCUGUGGCGCCCGCGAGGUCUGGAGGCGCGAGAAGGUCCUUUACCAUGUGUGAGGAGAUGAAGGCCUCCGUGCAGAAGUGUGUGCAGACCCCGAGGCACAGCAAGGAGGCCCUGAACAGGCUGAACCAGGCUGUCCAGCAGCUGAGGAUGGAGCCUUGUGAAGUAGAGAAAGCCAAGGACUUGAAGGCCCUGCAUGACAUGGCCUCAGUCAGCGCUAAGGGCAAACUGGCCUGGCUGGAGGCCGCUCUGCAGCGGGCCAAGCAGGACAUGGCUCGGCAGCUUCGAGAGUACCAGGAGCUCAUGGUUGUCAAGCUGGGUCUGGACUUCGAGAUCGCCACCUACCGCAGGCUCCUGGAGGGCGAGGAGCGGAGGCUUGGUCUGGGCCUUGGGUCAGGGAGUGCGGCCCCCGACGGUGACGUCACUGGAGGCCCAGGCCUGACCCCCGCCCCACUGCAAGCACACAGAGUCGGUUCCCGUAGCCUGGACAUGAGCGCCCCCAGUGGUGGCUUCGUUCCCUGCAGCUCCACCAGUUGUGUCGGGGGCUUUGGCUCCCUUGGCUCCCAUGAAUGUUGACCCGUUCCCUACCAGGGAGACUAAGAAAAUCAGGCUUCUGCCCAAAGAUUUGGGUCUCAGUUCCCUUGCCCACAGAGCUGACCCUCCCCUCCCCUCUCCCUUUGGCACCUCACCUAGAAUUAGACGUAGACUUGGCUGUGGCUGACCUGAACCCUGCACUCUGCCCCUCUGACUUGCCCUCCCCCC